GGCGGAGGCGGCGGGGGACGCCGACGAGACGACGACUUUGCCUCCACGCCCAGCCUCGCCACCUGGGCCUCGCCCGCCGGCGCCGCACGAGGUCGAGAUGAAGAAGCAAGUGGGGAGAAGACGGGGCGAGGCUGGGCGUCCAGCACAAAUCUCAGCUCUAUUGAUACAUCAAAGAAAGACACAUUCUCUACAGGGAACAAAACGACCACAACGUGGACGUCAACGCCCGACCUGGCGAACGACAGUGAUACAACCACCGCGGUGACCGUCAGCCUUAAGCUGCCUAAACGACGGAACACGGGGCCUCUGCCCUCCAUCGACACCGGUCAGAAUAUUACAGACACAGUAUCGAUUCGCCGACCGUCACCAUCGCCACCGCCCACCGCCGCCGCAACCAUCACCAUCAACAAGAACGAUUCGCUCGCAGAACGUGUCCGAAAGAUGCAACUAAUAAAGUCGCAGAAUAGCUUUGAGAAGGAGUCUAGUAUAGAGAAAGAAAGAGAAAGACGGAGUACGUCACGAAGUAAAGAGGAAGAGAAAACGGUUAAACUAAAAGAAGAACGAGCGUCUGCUAAGGACGAUGUUAAUUUCUUAAUUCAGGUAAAGAAUUCCAGAAACACUUCGUCAAAUUCUAAACCUCCUAUAAGAGGUGGCCCAGCUCGAGACAAGGAGGAGACAUCAGACGACGACACAAGUACUGCUGGCACUAUUACCACAGAUACCACGCUAGUUGAUGCUAACAUUAAAGAUUAUCAGGACCAAAUAGAAAAUUUAAAACAAGAAGUGGACCUUCUAAGAAAGAGAUGCGAAAGAGUGGAAAAAGAAAAAAGUGACAUACUACUUCGAAGAUUAGCAAAUAUAGAUACCGCUAAUAAAUACACUUCAGGCAGAUCGUCUGAGGUUCUAAAGUUGCAACAAAAAGUUAACGAACUGACGACACAAAAUGAAGACUUGAGAGAUGAGAAAAAACAUCUUGCACUUAGAGUAAGAGAAGUAGAAGCAGAGCUAGAGUCACGUCCGUCAGUAGAAGCUCAAACAAAACAGAUCGAGCAGUUACGCUCGAAAUUGUUAGCGGCAGAAACGUUAUGCGAAGAGUUAAUGGAUGAAAAUGAGGAUAUGAAAAAAGAACUGAGAGAACUCGAAGAGGAGAUUGAAGAAAUGCAAGAUAACUUCAGGGAAGACCAAGCUGAUGAAUAUUCGUCGCUGAGAAGAGAAUUAGAACAAACAAUUAAGAACUGUAGAGUUUUGUCAUUUAAAUUAAAGAAGACUGAAAGAAGAGCUGAGCAGUUAGAAAUAGAGAAAGCUGAACAGGAAAAGAAGCUAUUGGAGAUAGUCGGUGGUCAAGAUGGAAUGCAGCGCGAGAACCGCAUCAAGGAGUUGGAGCAGGAAGUGGCGCGCUCCACGGAGGUGUCGCUGCGGCUGCAGCGCGACCUGGCGGAUGCCAACGCCAAGCUGGCGGCGGUGUCCGGAGCCCCGCCCGCCAAUCUCAAGAAACACACGCCUCCCGCUGACGGCAAGGUGUCGCGGUCAUCACUAACGCGAGGUGGUAGCCAAGAGGACCCCGCGCAACUGCUGCGGGACUUACAGGACUCGCUGGAACGAGAAGCCGACUUGCGGGAACAAUUGCGCAAUGCGGAGGAAGAGGCCAAUAACUUGCGUAAAACUGCAUCAAGGGUUGAGGACGACAAUGAGUCGUUACUUCUACAGCUGAAGAAAAUGGCUACCAAAGCCAGAAGCCGAAAACUGUCGCCAACACCUCCAAGUAAUCGACUAUCCAUUGAAGCUCCAAAUGAAAAAGAUGAAGGAAUAUCGGAUGAAGAGGAUCCAGCUGAAUUACGACUUUUACUCGAACUCAAUGAACAGGAAUCUGCAGUAUUGCGACGUAAGGUUGAAGAUUUAGAACAAGACAGGGACACUUUAAAGAAACAAGUUAAAGAACUAACAGACAAAAUCUCAAACAUCAGCAGCAAACAAAACACAGUGACAACUACAGGUUUUAGAAGAACUGCAGGCAAAACGAACAAUUUAGCCGAGGAAAAAGUUAAAGUUUUAGAAGAUGAAAUUGCAGAAUUGCGAAAGAAAUUAAUUGAAAAAGACAGGGACUGUGAAAGACUUCAUGCAGAACUAAGUUUAGCCCAGAAGAAACCAAAAGCAUCAUUGAUAAAGAGCAAGUCUCUUGAUGGAGGAAAUGAUUUACAAAACGUAGACUUGAAACGACAACUUCAAGUUAUAGAACAAGAAGCUAAUGUUCUACGAGCAAAGACACAAAGCUUAGAAGCAGAUAACGAAAAAUUGCAAUCGGAAAAUAAAAAGUUACAGCUAAUGAAGAACGCCAAAUCGAUAAAAUCAGAGAAAAACUUAGAACAAUCGUCCAUUAAGUUAACUCAACUGGAGACCGAAUUAAAGGAAGCUUUGGCGAAAAUAAAGGACUUAGAAAGCAAUAAAGAGAAAGAUGAAAAGACUGAAAAGAAAGUUAGAUUUGGUAGUGAUUUAAAUAAAAAAGAUGCUGAAACUUUAAAAGUAAAACAAGAAGAAUUAGAUAAAUUAAAGCUUAAUUACAGUAAGAUGGAGAAAGAAAAGGCCAAAAUACAACUAACACUUAAAGAACUAAAAGAAGAUGCGAUAAAAUCAUUUAAGCCCCGAACUCCUAAGAAAUUAACAGAUUUAACAACAAAAUUACAGAUGAAGAAAAUGGUAGAUGAUUUAGAAAAUGAAAUUGGUGAACUCUAUGUUAUAAUGAAGAAUGCUGGUUUAUCGUCCCAAGAAAUUAAUGCCAAAGCCCAAUUAGAAAAGGAUAUCGAGGAGAUAAGAUCAAAACUGUCACGCAACGAAUCUGAUUUUAAAAAUGAGAAAAACCGUUUGCAAACAGAUAUAGGAAAGCUUAAAGACAUCAAUUCAAAACUGGAAACGGAAAAAGUAUCCUUCGUUGAAAAAUGUAAAGGUCUCGAAGUUGAAAAUCAAAAAGCAUUAUCUGAAUGUAAGGCACUAAAAGAAGAAAAGAAAAAUUUAGAAUCACAAAUCUCUAAACUCAAUGCGGAUUUAAAAAAAACUUCAACUCACCAAACAGCAAUGUCUGAUUGCAUGAAAAAAAUUGAAGACUUGAAAAAAGAAAUGGACACAAAGGACAAAGAAAUUGAUAAAUUAAAAAAGCAGGUUGAUAGUAUUAAUAAAUUAGAGCAAGACAAAAAUAAAUUACUAAAAGAAGUAGGUGAUAAAACGAAAAAGAUCACUGAGCUAGAAAAAAAACUUAAAGAAACCGAAGAAAAAUGCAAACGGAACGAAAAACUGCUUUCGUCACAAAAAGAUCGCGUUUCGAAGUUACAGAAAGAGGAAGAUGCAUUACGAGAAACAUCAAAUCAAAAAUACGACGAGACAGUUUUAUCAACAGAAUUAUCACAGGUAAAAGAGAAAUAUGAAACAGCAGCUAAAGAAAUUCAAGAUAAAGAAGAGGAAUUGGUAACAGCUAAGCAAAAACUCAGUAGAGUAGAAAAAGAAGUUUCAACAUUACAAACUGAAACAACUCAAUUAAAAUCUGAAAUAGCAAAACAUGAAAACGAACGAAAAGAGUUAGAAAAUAAAUUGCAAACAGAAAAGAAAGAAUCUAAAUAUUGGGAAAACAAAACAUCUGAACUUGAGAGUGAUGUACAGGUUGAACGAAAGAAAAUUGAUAGGAUUAGAGCUACUCACGAUAAGGAUAUUAAGAAUAAGGAAGCAGAGUUGGCUACUCUCAAAGGCAAAUUAAAAAUAUUGGAACAGAGUUCUGGAGCAGGAGCAAAAAGGAUUAGCGAGCUAAAACAAGAACAUGAAGAGAGCAUUAAAAAAUUGGAGCAUUCCUUGGCCGUGGAAAAAGCUGAAUACGAGGAGUUAACUGUUAAAUAUGAACUACUCGAGGAGGAACACGUUGUCACUAAAGCACGACUAACUGUAGAAAAGGAACAAGCACAAGGUGAAAUGUUACACGUUCGUAAAGAAUUAAAUGCAACCCUGGCUGACUUGAAAUCUUUGCAAGAGAAAAUGGAAACGCAAGUUACGAACUUAAAUAAGGAAAAGGCUGAGCUACAGAAUGAGAUAUCUUCGCUACAAGAGCGCCUGUGCGGCGGCGGCUGGGAGGUGGAGCGCGCGCGGCUGCAGGCGCGCCUGGAGCAGCGCGAGCGCGAGCUGCGCGACGCGCACGGCCAGCGCGACGUGCUCGCACACCACCAGGACAUCACCAAGAAAGAGCUAGAAGAAGCUCGUAAGAAGUUAGAAGAUUACGAGAAAGUGAGCAAAGUGCACAGGAAUCUGUCCGCGGACAAUGUCGAGCUGGAGCGAGAGCUGGCCGCCAUGAACAGCCGGCUGGAGCAGGCGGAGCGCGCGCGCAAGGCCGAGCUCGCCGACACCAAGAUACGGUACGAGGGACAGAUGAACACCAUGAGAGAUGAACUCAAGUCGCUGCACAACCAGGUAGGUAGAUUCAGAAGAGAACGUGACAAUUACAAGCAAAUGCUGGAAGCCGCUCAAAAGACAAUGGAAGAGUUGAAGAGUGGAGAAAAACGAACACACAGGGCAUCCAUUUCAAGCACUGACGAGGAAGAGUACCGUAACAAGGUGGCGGUGCUGGAGCAGCAGAUGGCGUGCCUCGAGGACGAGCUGUGCGAGGCGCGCCUGCUCUCCUCCAAGCUGAACACGGAGCUGGUCAGCGAGCGCUCGCACGCGGAGGUCCGCCUCGCAGAGAUGCAGUCUCGCUUGAACGAGUACGAAGAGGAGCGGCUGCUGUCGUCGGGGCGCGCGCGCGUGGCGGGGCUGGCGACGCGCAUGGAGCUGGCGUGGCACAAGGAGCGCGACGAGCAGCAGCGCCUGCUGCAAGAGACCUCCACGCUCGCCAGGGACCUGCGGCAGACGCUAUUCGAGGUUGAGCGAGAAAGAGACAAGGAGAGGUUAGACAUGAAGAGAAGAAUAGAGCAAUUAAAACGAACGACUGAAGAAGAAAUUGAAGAGGCUAAGAAAAAGGUGACGGAGCUGCAGUGCGACCUGCUGGAGCUGCGCGACGCGCACGCCAAGCUGCGCACGGCCAGCGAGAAGCUGCGCCGCGACAAGGAGCGCCACGAGCGCGACCGCGACCAGCACAGGCUGCUCGUCGCCUCGCUCAAGCGCGCGCAGCAGGAGGACGACAGAGUUAUUACACAACUUCUGGAAACCAUCGACGAUCUCAUGAAACAGAGCCCCGACUUGUUCCGCGAACAGCCCGUCAAACCGGAGAAGAGUUUGAUGACACCCACACCUCCAAGACGAAACAGAUCUUCAAAGUCACGGUCGCGGUCCGGUACGCCGGAGAGCGCGGAGGCGGCAGGUGCAGCGAGCGCGGCUGCCACCGCCGCGCGACUGCGCCGCCUCACGGACGAACUGCGCGCCUCGCGCAUCGCCGAGCGCGCGCGCCGCCAUCAGGCCACCGGCGCCAGACGAGGCAUGACGGCUGAGCCGCGCGACGCGAUGUCUGUAUCGCCGGCGACGCGCACGCCGUCACGUGCGCCCUCGCUCAAGAAACGUUCUAUAUCGCUCGAACAGACCACAAAGGAGCAGAGCACGAUAUGGAUGUCAGUGGAGGAGGGCAGCGUGUCGUCGAUGCAGUCGCUGGAGGGCGAGGACUCGCGCCUCUACACGCUGCCGAGAGACUCCAGCCUCGACAGUCGUCUGUCGGGAGGGUCGGCACAGAGCGAUGUGCUGCCGUCAGAAAAGAAGAAGAAAAAGAGCAUAUUCGGCAAACUGAAGAAACUCACGAAAUCGCGGUCUGUUGACGACCACGUCGAAAACGCGGAGGUCGUAGACUUCAGACCUAUCGGCACUGUCUCACAGGGUUCUGACUCGGAUAUGAGCGCGGCGGGCAGCAAACGAGAUUUACGGGGACGUAUUUCCGACAUGUUUAGUAGAAAAGGACAAAUAUCACGAACGAGCAGCAAAGAGCAGAGUCCGGAGCGCGCGAGCUCGUCCGCGAGCACGGGCAGCGCGCGCCCCAUACUGCGCAACGCUAGCGCCAGCGCGCUCACACGACAAUCUCCGGCUAAGCCCAGUGAAACACGAACUCCCCGAGCAUCAAGUACAACUCCAGGCACUAAGAGGAAAGGGAAAUAAGUGACAAACUGCGUUUCACUUUAUUUAUUUUAUUAUGGACUUAUGAAAACUCAUGAUUUCUCCACAUAGCGUGUUAUAUCACAGUACAUAUCUGUAAAAUCCUUUCAUCUGGAAAACGUUCUAAACGAUAAGAAAUAUGACUAAGAGCGCUUUAAUUCCUAUGAGCAUAUAUGGAGGUGCGCACGCCACUCAAUUUUUAGUCGUGCAACUAAACAAUUAAAUUG